ACAAAGCAAAACAAGAAAAAACAAAAAAAAACAAAAGAAGCAUCAAAGAUGGAAAGAAGCAAUGCAAUGACACUUCCAAUGACGAUGAUGAUCGCCCUCCUCGUCGUUGCAUUUGCAGUCGCUGUUGGUCAGGAAGAAGAAGUAGUAGUUGAUGAUCUCUACAAGCUACCAAUCAAGGCUAAUACCACAUAUGCGAUCCGUCCUGCAGGCGGGUUACUCAGUUUAUCACGUUAUUGGCUUUCCCAUUGGGGACUAGGAGGACAACGUUGCACAAAAGCAGUGAUAUUGAGCAUUAAUGAUUCGCGAGAUCGUCCUAGAUUCGUUAAAUUUGUAUCAUCAUCAGAUGUUAUACGACUAAACACCAAUUUCUACAUCAAGUUCCAGUUUAGGCCUGGCUGCCGUCUAUCCGGGAUUUGGAGUGCAGCCCUAGAUGAACCAAUCUUCCUCAACGGGACAGCGUCAAGCCCUGAGAGCACAUUCUCCUUCCGGAAAGCUGAUGGAUCGUCUUACAGGCUUGUUUCUGGUGGUGGUGACCGUUACGGGGAUGUCAGUAUACGUCAUGACCAAUAUUUUAGGGAAACUUCAAGGACGCUGGGAUUGAUGAGGACUCAUAAACCCUUGAUUAUUAACAUCUACCGGAGAGGGCUACUGUAAUAUGUGUGCGUGUGUGGUUCUUUCCCUUUUGAUUGCAUGUGUGUGGUUCUUUCCCUUUCCAUCUGUUUCAUAAUAAAUGUCAUUUUAAUUUUUUAUUGUUACAAAAAAUGUCAUUUUACACUUCCAAUGUAAAUUACAUUUAUUUUGAAUUGAAAAUUAAUUGAAAAUCGCA